ACCGAACCCCUAAAGUCUGCCGUUAGUGACUACCCUAAAAAGCACUCAAAGCAUUAAUUUCCAUUCAGUUAAGACGCAAUUCAUCGAGGCAGAAACCACAUCAACUUCUCGCACACCGAGACGAUUUCCAAAUCUUCGCGUAAGCACUCCAGAAGCAUCUAGAUCUUCGAAAAAUCUCUCCACCAUGACUGGUAAGCGAAAAGUGACUUACACAUCGUCCGAGGAAUCCUCCUCCGACGAAUCUUUCAUUUCCAAGGACAUGUCGGUGCACCCAGGAGCAGAAGACAAUGGCAUACUAUCGGGAAUUUCCCAGGAAACUCGAACGAAACGAGGACGAGCUCCCUCCAAACGUCCCUGCACCAACAGAAAUGCCUUGAUGGCACGAGUGAAUCGUCAGAAAAAGAAAGAGUAUGUAGAGAACAUCGAGACAAAGCUGUCGCACUACAAGAAAGCCAACAAGAAUCUUGUGAAUGUCGUUCAACAACAGGGCGUGGAGCUGAAGCGACUGACAGCCGAAGUCGCCUACCUCAGGAGCGUUAUCAACAACAACACAAGUAUCACAACUCUCUUGAAGACGAUGAACGAAUCCCUCAGGCAGAGCAAGUGCAAGAUUGAACACGACAAAUGGGAUGGAGAAAAGUUGUUACCAUGUCCUCAGGUGCUUGUCAAUAGACUAUCCACAACCCCCCCACAGCCAUCAGCAGCAGGUAAUGGUUAUACUUUUUAUCAGAACCCCAGGAGAGCUCUACUGUCAUCUGUGGAGUCUGACCACAAUUACUCGAAUGUGAUUGUUACUAAUCGUAUGUUUAAUUUUGAAGGCGUGGAUUGUGAUCCUUCUCUCGAGGGAGGUGUUGACCUCUUGGUUAAUCCCAAUGUUAUUAAUUGCACCGAAGAUUCACAGCUUGGAAUAUCUGACGUGGAUAUAGGCCAGUUGGAAGACUUUGGGGCCAACAUUUUUGAUCUGCCGGACGAUGGUGAAGGCGAUAGGAUGGAUUUAUUCAGGAGCGAUCAGUCACAGCCGGAAAAUCUUUUCGAUAAUCUUGAUGGAAGUGGUAUCUGUCUACAUGUCAAUUCCGAGAGGAUUUCGCUUGAGUAUUGCUCCAUUUGCCAUCUCAACAGCAUUAAUUCGGAUGAUCCUUAAGGGGUGACGAAGACUCUUUUCGGAGUCUUAUGAUGAAAUACCGAGACAAUUGUCAAGAUUUUUGUUGGAUUUGUACAUCCUAAAGCAUGAGAAGUUUAUUUUAAAAACCGGGGUAUUGAACAAAAAUUCAAUUUCAUUUUCUAUCAUAGAUCGAUUCUAUAUUUUUUAAAAUUGAAAAUAGAAUUCGCUAUCGAUUUUGAAGUUUUUUUUGUUUAAUUUCAUCAAUGAAGAGAGAAAAAUCGAGUAGGAAAAAUAUGUCAGUGUAAAACGUAGCAAGAUAAUUUUGUAUAUCUAGAAAAUUGAUGGUAGUCCUGUUUUUCAAAGAAAUUUUUCUAUUCGUUUAGAUUCUUGAUAUUAAAUUAGGUUAAUCUCUGAGCUGUUUGAUAAGGUAUGAGUCUAGAUAUAAAGUAUUAUUCCAUUGUUUUUUUUUUCACGACAGUGUUCUGUACAUUGAUUUCUCCUCCGAAACUCUAUGAACGUUUUUACUUUUGCAGGGAAUUAGGUGGAAAUGGAUGAAUAGGAAGCGAUUGUGCCCCUUGUAAUGGCGUUGAAAGCCCGUCUAAUGUUUCUAUUGAAAGUUCUCACUAAGCUGGGGUUGCUUGUCUUGGAGGCAUCUGUUUUUUAAUUAAAUGGCAUAUAUUUUUUUACAAAAAUAUGUUAACUGCUCUUCCAACAGGUUAAGUAUAACUGUAUCACCAAGAUCUUUCUAUUUCUCGAGUCGAGUAGUUUUCCUAACCUCAACAUUUUCCAACAUUUUUUUUUCAUCAAUUUUUUGUGAAAAUAUUUAGAGAGAAUUUUUAUGAAUGAAAAAAAAAACUAGUUUCUCAUUGCAAACGGCCAUUUAAGUUUCAGCCCUUGGGUGGUCAACGGUUCCAGGGGUUCAGCAGCCGAAGGUGAAAAUAAUUAUCAACCAUCCUCUACCAUGAGAAUGUUAUUUUCAAUUCCCCAAAAUAUGGUAAAAUUCUUUCGUCUAUCUGAAGGAUGAAAAAAUCUACCUCUGCCAAUUCGAGAAUGAUUUUUCUAAACAAUCCUCCAUUAGUGAACUACUCAUUUUAAUUUGUUUGCAGUAAUCCAUGAAUUAAUUUAUUUGCGGGCAUGAUCUCUGCACUCUUUUCUUAAUAAUUUGUCCACGUUUACAGAUAUCGGAGGAGAAACUAAUAUUUUACUGUCGUGUAAGUUGUGGUAAUGUCUUUAUAAAAUAGCAAUGAUUGUACUGCGUCAUAAGUGCGAUACAAUUACAAAAUUAUUUUUUAAAAAAUACAUGAUACGCUGAAGAACA